AAGCCGUUUUGGCUCAGUGUGUACCACUGCGAUGGACCUGGGCGUUCGCACCACGAAAAUUGCUGAUGGGCAGGAGGCGGUCUUUCGGCAUGAGCGUGCGGAAGAGCACCGCAAGGUUAAGACCUGGAAUCACCCAAGGCUUUGGUGCAUUUUAGUUUGCCCGGUGAUUCUGAUCACUGUGCUGCUGACCUGCUCCGUGAACGCCUUGUGGUGGAGCAGCCUCGACCGGGGCCUUCAUCGGUUAGAAAUUGCUGCAACGACCGUGCUGGAGAAAUUCAACAAGUCCUCCCUGGAGAUCGUUACUGAUUUGGUCAACCAGCUGCAGCACACCUCCGCCCAAGAAGCGGUCAAGCGCAUCGCCGUUUACACGAACUUGCCAGAGGUGGUCGUUGACCUAAAUGUUGAAGACUUUGCUUCUUUGCCCCAGCUGGAGUCAGAGCGAGUUGACACCGUCCUGAAGACUUUGUGGAAGCAAACGACCCAGUUGUUUCCAGAUGUUGGCUGUGUGUUCUAUGCCGAUGCGAGUGGCUUGUAUGUGGGCUACGAGCGCUUGCCGAAGGAUUUUCUCGCGAAGCGCAAUGUGACCGGUAAGUACGUCUUCGGAGCGGAGUUCCGCGCGUCCGACAGGGCCCCGCUGCCAGUUUGUGCAUAUUGCCCUCCAGUGGCAGAAUUAAGGCCUGGGCAGAAGACCUACUACUUUGUCGACCAUGAAGGCAAAUACGGUGAAGCAUAUGAAAGGCAUGACUACGAUCCCCGACAGCGCCCAUGGUACAGAAAGGCUGCAGCUGCCAAAGGCGCAAUGACAUGGAUGGACAUCUACAAUCACAGCAGUGGGAACUCCAUGGGAACGUCAGCACAAAGAGCAAUCAUGCUCGGCUCCCAGGUGCUGGGGGUAGCUGCUGGUGAUUUCACCGUGAACCUACUGAGUGCAUUUAUGCAGAAGAUCACCUCCUCGUUUGAAUACGAAGAGGGUUUUAUUGUGGAUGUCGGAUCUGGCUUGAUGGUUGCCAGUUCCAUGGGCAUGAGUCAUGUGGCAAGGCCAGUUCACACAAAUGACACUGGAGGGUUGGUGAGGUAUCAUUGGAACCAAGUGCCAGAUCCUUUUAAGUUGGUGCAAGCACCUAUGAGAACAUUAUUGGAGAAGUAUGUGUCACUCCGAAAUGUGCCCAAAAAGGGUAGCACUCUCAAGACCGCAGAUGGCCGCUUGCUGUUCACCUUCACUGGUGGAUUAGACAAAAGCUUUCAGGCCCAGCAUGGAUGGCUUGUUGUCAUCACCUGCCCAGUGGGUGGCUACAUGAAAGCCUCUUGGGCACAGCAGGCAUGGGCGACAAGAAGAAGCAUGGAGAUUCACGAGGCUGCCAGAAAGAAUUUGGACCAGCGGCAGGUGAAAACCAUUUGGAUUUCUUUGCUGUUUUGUAUCGCGGGUGGUGUUGUGAUGGCCCUCGUUGGCUUCGCAGUCACUCGGCCACUCAAGAGGAUCUCCACGGACAUGCUUCAAAUGGCAAAGCUGGAAUUUCUCUCGGGCCAGGCCGAUAUGGACGAUGACGAUUGUGAACUCAAAGGCCACUCACAUCGGUACUUCAGCAUCAGGGGAAUCACCCGAGCACUGUCGAAUUUGACCUCCAGAAGCAGAUCCAGGACGAGGACGAGGUUUAGUAGCCGAAGGAGCCAGAGGACUGAAGAUAGUAUUGGAUUGACUCGAACAAACCCGACGGACCCCAGCAGCAGUAGUGACACCAGUCAAGAUGAGAGGUCGCAAUAUGAGGAGACCAGGCACGAUCACACAGAGAGAGAGCAAGAUUUCGAGACUGGGGAAGAACUUUCAGCUUGCUUCCGCUUAUCAACCCCCAAAGAAGUGGUUGAUAUGCGUGAGUCCUUCAUUUACAUGGUGACAGGGUUGAAGUCAUUCGCAAGAUAUUUGGACCCAGAUAUCAUGCGCAUGGUGGUGAAGAGCAGGCGUCAGGCACAGCUGGGAAUGGGGAAAGCAGAGGUCACAAUAUUCUUCAGUGACAUUGCAAACUUUACCACAAUGGCAGAAAGCCUGGAGCCAGAAGUGUUCAUGUCAAUGUUGACAGAAUACUUGGAUGAAAUGAGCAAGCUCAUUAUGAGCAAGCAAGGGGUAGUGGGGGAGUUUAUUGGAGAUGCCAUAAUGGCUUGGUGGAACGUCCCCAUUGACCUGGGGCAAGAACACACAGCUAUGGCGUUAGAUGCAGCUUUGGCGCAGCAAAACCGCUUGGUGGAGCUUCGAGAAACGUGGCACUUGCAAAGAUUGCCUGAUGUGAGGGUUCGCAUGGGUUUGGUCAAAGGCAACGUGCUUGCUGGAAACAUUGGCAGCUCUCAAAGGAUGAAAUAUGGUUUGGUUGGUGACAGCGUGAACUUGGCCUCGCGUUUGGAGGGCCUUUGUAAGUACUACGGUGUUAGCAUCAUAAUUGAACAAGAUGCUGCCUUCGCACCAGGGGUGCAAUCUCGUUUUCAGUUGCGGCUCCUGGAUUUGGUGAUCGUCAAGGGACGCACGCAACCCACUGAGCUUUACCAGCUGGUUUGCGAGAAGGCUGUUUUGCCAGAAACAUUUGACUCACCAGAAGAUUUGCAAUUCUUUAUUGAUGCUUAUUCUCAGAUUCAUCGCCUCUAUCGGUUGAAGAGCUUCGAUGCCUGUGCUAGCGCUUUGCACCACUAUUGGCGACAGUUCCCUGAUGAUGUGCCCAGCAAGAUGCUACUACGGCGUGUGGAGACCUUGUUGGGCGAAGGGGUGCCAGCAGACUGGGCUCCCGUUCACAUACUCACUCAGAAGUGAGUCAUAGUGAGUCGUGAUGCCAAAGCCUCCAAAGUGAGGAAUUGCAAUACCAAUGCCAGUUGUUUAGUUGUUUGAUGCUAUGUCCACAUUCUUUGAGAUUUGGGCCACUCUUGGCAGAUGAAAUGCAUUUGCUAGGUGCUCAUAAAGCUUGGCCACUACAUUGAGGGGUGAUUUAGCACGAGGAUUGAUGCAGCGCACACGGCGCUGUUGUAUUCUAUUCAUGAAAUGUCAAUCAACGAGGGCCAACGCUCAACGGCCCUUGUAGAAAAGUCGGGCAGCCCAAGCACAUCCACAGGUCAUUUUAGACUACUGUAUCAGAGCUGAUAGAGCUGAUAGAGCGUGAGUGAGAGAGUGAGAGAGAGGGAGACUGGUAUAAACUGGCGAAGUCUUCACAUUCUAUGUUCAAUGUGGUCGAGGGGAGGGAGACAGGAGAGGCGGAGGACGCAUGGCUUCCUUCAUUCGGGGAGUUUAACUAUAAUAAUGUCAGGCUUGGAUAGUUAUUAUAGUUGCGACAGGUUUUAGCCAAGCAUUUAGGGAGUCAUGCUCAUGGCUGGGCUGGCCAAAGCAAAAGGAUGUCAAUGAGCUCAUUGUCCGCUUCUACUUCGGUCAGCAGCUUCGUUUUGGC